AUGCCGCGCGCGCAAAAACCAACGGGAAAGUCGAGACACGAUCCACUGCAUGUGCAGCUCGACGGAGACGAAGUAGAAGCGAAGUAUGGUCACGUAUCGAAGCCAGGAAAGAGGACAAAAUCACGCAAAGCAGAGGUAGACGAUGACGAUGACGACGAGGUAAUCCUCGACCCAAAAACAUCUAAGCGGAUAUUCGAGCUUGCCAGGGAUCAGCAGGAAGAGCUGGGACUCGUAGGUGACGACGACGAAGAUGACACGAGUACAGACGAUACACCUUCAGCUUUCCAACGUCCUCGAAUGCAUGUUGACGACGAGGAUGAAGAAGAAGACGAGGAAGACCUUCAAGGAUACGAUGAAGACGUCGAGGAAGUUCUCAAAAUCGACGCCGGAGACAUGGAAACACUGGAUGCCCUUUUACUAGCAAAUUCUGGCGAGCGAAAAACCUUGGCCGACCUGAUUUUUGCCAAGCUUGAUGGCGCUGGCGCUCCGAACGCAGCCGUCAUACAGAAAACGCGACAAGACCCAGAAAACCCAGAUCCUGCUCUGGGCUUAGAUCCACGCGUAGUGGAAGUGUACACAAAACUCGGCUUGUUCCUUCAAAAAUACAAGUCCGGCCCUCUUCCGAAGAUCUUCAAAGUGAUACCCUCCCUACCAGCAUGGGCACGCAUGCUUGCACUCACCCAUCCCGAAAACUGGUCGCCGCAUGCAUGUCGCGCCGCCACCAAGAUUUUCAUUUCGAAUAUGAAACCCCCUCAAGCACAGCUUUUCCUGAGCGUAGUCCUUCUUGAUGCCAUCCGCGAGGACAUUCAGCAGAACAAGAAGCUCAAUGUACAUUAUUACGAAGCACUGAAACGAUCUUUAUACAAGCCCGGUGCCUUUUUCAAGGGCAUCAUUUUCCCUAUGUUGGAUCAAGGCUGCACGCUGAAAGAAGCAGCGAUUGUCGCAUCCAUCCUUGCUCGAACAAAGAUGCCGGUACUUCAUGCUUCCGCAGCCUUACUCAGAAUAGCCGAGAUGGAAUACACAGGUCCCAACUCUCUUUUCAUCCGAGUCUUGAUUGACAAAAAGUUUGAACUGCCGUACAAAGUUGUUGACGCUCUGGUCUUCCACUUUAUCCGACUAUCCAAUACAUACAAAGCAUCGAGUCGCGGCGAUUCCGAUAAGCUCCCCGUGCUCUGGCAUCAGAGCCUUUUGGUUUUUGCUCAGAGAUACGCGUCGGACUUGACACCGGACCAGAAGGAUGCACUUUUGGAUGUCGUGCGUGCUACGCCUCAUGCGCAGAUAGGUCCGGAGAUUCGCAGGGAGUUGAUUACAUCCGUCGUUCGAGGUGCGCCCCGUCAAGAGGGCAACCAGGACGUUGAAAUGUUCUAAUCACGUAGCAUGUACCAUAUUUUUAGAU